UGAUUGGUUGCUAUGGGCAACUGGGCAACUUUUCCUCAGCACAGGUCUUGAUGAGUCUCCUCCAUUGUGCGGUAGUAUUUAUCUGUAUUAUAUCUGGAAAAUAAAGAAAAGGGAAGAGCUGAGGGUUUGUUACUCGGGGUCAGGGGGAGAGAGAAGCACAAGCUCCGGGAUGUCAAUGUGACCAGAUGGUGAGGAGACCGCGGCGACUGAGCUGAUGGCGGCAGGAGCCGACUUUUGCAGUCACCACCAUGUUGUCGGAGUCUUUCCUCUGCACGGCGGUCUACCGUGAGCUGAUGCACGUGGAAGAGCGGAAGGAGAGAGAGAAGGAGAAGCCGCUGAAGACGACGUCCUUUAGGAAGCCCGGUGCCUCUGUUCGCAGGGAACACGGACUGUACGGCAGCGACCUCUCGGGGGCGCCGUCACAAGCCUUGGCCAUCCCCAAACGCGAGGCGCUGACCGCCGACUCCCUGGACCUGUACACCUCGUGGUCCAGCCCGUACGGCAGCAUCUACAAGAACUAUCCGGACCUUCACAUCGCCGGCGACCACAUACUCCACAAAGUGGACUCCGGCUGCAUCUUAGACACCGACGGCGAGGACGGUCCGGUUCUGCUCUCGGCGGACAUUAUCAGCACCAGUCCUCCCAAUGAGAACCCCGGGGGGCUCCCAGAAGAAGCGGGGGCCCCCAGUGUAGAAAGCCAAACCUUACCCUCCGCCCCCUUCUCCAACUCUGUUCUGAACGGCUUUUUAGAGAAGAAGAUGCAGGAGCUGUAUAAGCAAUGUUACGAGGAGACGCUGACGGCCGGCGCCUCGCCCCACGCCGCCCUCUGGUCCACCAUCCUCAUGCACAACGUCCACCAGAUCAGCCUGCAGAUCUCUCAGGAGAAGAACGUGGAUCAGGCCAAGGCCAAGCAGGCCGUGCUGCAGUGUCUGUGCUGCGCCACCAGCGGGGGGAGCUCCGAGUUCAUCACCCCGGUACUACACAUCUCCGGGCAAGACAACAACAAGACAAAAACAACGGCGCUGCCGAGCAACCCGACCGUCAACAAGAGCUGCCGGGGGAACAGCAAAAAGAUCAUGGCACAUAACAAUGAGUGACUGUGUAAAUCCAGUCACAUUCAGAGCUGAAAUCGCAACGCUCCUGAUCGUUCUGAGCUGCAGGACCUCGCCUCUCACUGCUGCCCCCUGCUGAUUCAUUGUCUGUACAGACGAUUCUCUACCGCACCGUAAUGUAAUCAGAUAUAACAGACAACUCCGUCUCUAUGGGGGAGAUUUAUCACAACCCGUGUAGAGGAAGAGUGGGGCUGUUGCCCGUAGCGACCAAUCAGAUCGCUUCUUUCUUUUUUUAAAAGUUCUCUGGAAAAUGAAAGAAGUGAUCUGAUUGGUUGUUACGGUCAACGGCACCGCUUCUCCUUUGCAUAGAUUUUAUUUUAAAUUUCCCCUAUGUCUCCCAGAAUGCACUAAAGGGAUCCUAUAAAAUAUGAAAACCAUGGCUGCUUUCUACCAGAAACAGCGCCCCCUAUGAUUGCGUUGGUUUUCAAAGAUGAGUUUUAUUAAAGAGGAAACUGGACACUUGGGUAAAUGACAAUGAUUCUCAAUGUUUUUCUAAUCUCAUACCAGCAGAUUAGGGAGUGUAGAUCUGGGUGUUAUCAUUUGCCUCUUAGCCCUUGAUAAAGCCACAGCCUGUGGCGAAACGUUGGGCGGGCGGGCAAUGUGUUAGAUUUUUAAUUGUCUCACACUAUAGACUGUGGACUGCAGCCACAGUCUAUUUUUUCAAUUCACUUCUAUAGCAUGCAGUGUCAUGCCAAUCAAUGCAUUAUGGAUCAAUAUGUGUGAGGUUAUUUUAAUCUUGGCUCAUUAAACGUUAAGUUUUAUAUUGGGUGGGAAAUUUA